AUGGCCCCUACACACGACUUCGUGGCCAGUUUGGCAAGUAGAAAUCUAAGCUCGCUUGACUCUCCGAAAUCAAUCGGUCUCGUCGUAUUCAUCGCAGUUGCCGGAGCAGCUCUCCUGGGCCUCGCCAUCUACCUCACCGUACGGCACCUUAAGCGCAGAAAGUACAGACAGGUCGCCCAGAUGGCCCUCUCCCCCAAUUCCACCACCGAGUUUGACCUCUCCGUCAAGAAGCGCCCGACGUUCCACGUUGCUCGGAUCAGCGAGGACCAGGAGCUCCAGAGACAAGCCAUGAUCCAGAAGUCGCUCGCCAGCCGGACGUCCUCGCGUGCUGAGAGCCGCAACAGCCUUCUCCUCCAGGAGAGCCGCAACAGUCUCAUCCCCCAGGAGACUCACAACAGCCUCUUCCCCCAGUACGAGGAGGACGAGCGCGAAGUCCGCACGAGCCGCUCCAAUUCAGCAGGGAGCCUCCGGGACGAGUGGAAAGAGUUCGAGGCGAACCUCCAGAGGAAUCGAUCUCGGUCUCUUGUCAACCACCCGGGCCUAAAGACACCUCAUGGGCGCAGUGACAGCCAGAGCAGCGAGUUGAGCGUGCAGACACCCGCCACGGCUGAGCUGCGCAGCCAUCCUAUCCACCCGUCCCCCACGAGCAAACCCGACUGUGCCUCCUUCCUGCCCGUCGAUAUCGAGGUCGGUCACCCGCAGCACCCGAUCCACUCGGGAAGUCAACCUCGAUCGCAUAGAGUCAGCUCUGCCACGCUACCACCUCCCCGUCACUCGAUAUUUCCACCAGCAAGUGGAGGGCAGCAGCAUCAGCGCCGGGUUACCUUGCAAGAACAACAGCUGAGAGGACAGGCUUGGAUUUGA